AAGAAGUGCCAGAGUCUGCGCAAAACGAACACGUCUAGUGGUCGCGCUGCUUGUGCUGUCACGAGCCUUGUUCAAGGCUACCGAGUAGCGAAUUGACAUAAAUUAUUGACGACAUCGAAUUGUCUUCGUUUAGCCAUCAGACACACGUCAUUAUUGGAAUAGAUACAUCGUGGAAAUAAGAUUGUGUGCUGACUGAUCACGGUCAACUGGUGAUGUUUUCCAACAUUUGAUAUAGCUAGCUAGCCAGCUAACGUUAGCUGUUUAGCUAGCUUGCCGUGCGUGACUCACUGACAGCCAAAGAUCAGACCGAGUCGCUAUUUUUUGGCAUUCUGCUUUUUCUCUGAUACCUGUYUAUAUAACUUUUUAAUAUAUUUAGCGGGUAAAUAUAGUUAGUUACAACUGAGUGUACUUUAACGGUCAUCUGGUCGUGAACGAAGGGAAGGUUUGAAUGAAUUUGCUAGCCAGCGGAAACGUCGGCUAGUUAACACGGAUACACUUGGAGUAACCAAUACUGCUAACUUGCUGAGUUGAUCCACGGCAUUGCCAUCCAAACUAGCUAAUCUACAUAGCUAGCAAAUGUGCUAGCAAGCUAUUAUAAACGUGCUAUCUUUGGUAAAACGCCAAGGGAAAGAAACUGUUAAAAGUUGGUUAGCUGGCUAACUAGUUAGGAAACAAGGUAACAUACACUGUACUGUAACACCUUAACGCCAGCUGACGUUUGAUAGCUGACCGUCGACAAUUCAUUUUCUACGAGAAAGGCCGGAGUGAGGACAGAGAAACGAGUAAAAAUGCCGGCUGUGUCGAAGGGAGAUGGGAUGCGCGGAUUAGCGGUGUUCAUUUCGGACAUACGGAAUUGUAAGAGCAAGGAGGCGGAGAUCAAGCGGAUCAAUAAGGAGCUGGCCAACAUCCGCUCCAAGUUCAAGGGGGACAAGGCACUGGAUGGCUAUAGUAAGAAGAAGUAUGUCUGCAAGCUGCUCUUCAUCUUCCUGCUGGGACAUGACAUCGACUUUGGACACAUGGAGGCUGUCAACCUGCUCAGCUCCAACAAGUAUACAGAGAAACAGAUCGGAUACCUGUUCAUCUCGGUGCUGGUAAACAGCAACAGCGAGUUGAUCCGCCUCAUCAACAACGCCAUCAAGAACGACCUGUCUAGCCGCAACCCCACCUUCAUGUGCCUGGCCCUGCACUGCAUCGCCAACGUGGGCAGCCGUGAGAUGGCCGAGGCCUUUGCUGGAGAGAUCCCACGCAUUCUGGUGGCCGGGGACACCAUGGACAGUGUGAAGCAGUCUGCUGCCCUGUGUCUUCUGCGUCUGUACAAGGCCUCCCCAGACCUGGUUCUGAUGGGGGAGUGGACCUCCCGGGUAGUGCACCUCCUCAACGACCAGCACAUGGGUGUUGUCACGGCAGCCAUCUCCCUCAUCACCUGUCUCAGCUCGAAGAACCCAGAUGAGUUCAAAACCUGUGUGUCCCUGGCUGUUUCUCGUCUGAGCAGGAUUGUGUCAUCAGCCUCCACUGAUCUGCAGGACUACACCUACUACUUUGUACCGGCCCCGUGGCUGUCCUGUAAACUGCUUCGCCUGCUGCAGUGCUACCCCCCGCCAGAGGAUGGCGCCGUGAAGGGCCGCUUGGUGGAGUGUCUGGAGACCAUUCUGAACAAGGCCCAGGAACCACCCAAGUCCAAAAAGGUUCAGCACUCCAACGCCAAGAACGCCAUCCUGUUCGAGGCCAUCUCACUCAUCAUCCACUACGACAGUGAGCCCAACCUGCUGGUGCGUGCCUGUAACCAGCUGGGUCAGUUCCUGCAGCACAGAGAGACCAACCUGCGCUACCUGGCUCUGGAGAGCAUGUGUACCCUGGCCAGCUCUGAGUUCUCCCAUGAGGCCGUCAAGACCCACAUCGAGACCGUCAUCAACGCACUCAAGACUGAAAGGGAUGUGAGUGUUCGCCAGAGGGCUGCUGACCUGCUCUACGCCAUGUGUGACCGUAGCAACGCCAAGCAGAUCGUUGCCGAGAUGCUCAGCUACCUGGAGACAGCCGACUACUCCAUCAGAGAGGAGAUGGUGUUGAAGGUGGCCAUCCUGGCAGAGAAGUAUGCGGUGGACUACUCAUGGUAUGUUGACACCAUCCUUAACCUCAUCCGCAUUGCCGGGGACUACGUCAGUGAGGAGGUGUGGUACCGCGUCAUCCAGAUUGUCAUCAACCGCGACGAUGUGCAGGGCUACGCCGCCAAGACCGUCUUCGAGGCUCUACAGGCCCCAGCCUGUCAUGAGAACAUGGUGAAGGUGGGGGGGUACAUCCUGGGAGAGUUUGGAAACCUCAUUGCCGGGGACCCCCGCUCCAGCCCUCUGGUCCAGUUCAACCUGCUCCACUCUAAGUUCCACCUGUGUUCGGUGCCCACGCGCGCCCUGCUGCUCUCCGCUUACAUCAAGUUCAUCAACCUGUUCCCAGAGACCAAGGCCACCAUCCAGGAGGUGCUUCGCUCCGACAGCCAGAUCAGGAACUCUGACGUGGAGCUGCAGCAGAGGGCCGUGGAGUACCUCAAGCUCUCUUCCAUCGCCAGCACCGACGUCCUGGCUACUGUGCUGGAGGAGAUGCCUCCCUUUCCAGAGAGGGAGUCAUCCAUCUUGGCCAAGCUGAAGAAGAAGAAGGGUCCGGGUGCCGUGUCGGUAGAGCUGGAGGACGGCAAGGAGAGAGGAGAGCUCAACGGUGGAGGGGACAGGGGGGGCGAAGCUGCCAUCGCAGCCUCUAACGCUUCCACCCCAUCCCCUUCAGCGGAUCUGCUUGGCCUUCGUUCGGCCGCUCCCGUUAGUGGGGCCGCUCCCAGUGCAGGCAGCCUAUUGGUUGAUGUGUUUUCAGAGGCAGGGCCUGCAGCCUCCUCUGCCGGCGUGAACGACGACGGCUUCCUGAGCGCUCUUCACGCUCCCGAGGCCUCUGACUCCCCAUUGGUGGAGGGUCCUGGUGACUCGGACUCUGCUCCCCCUACUGCGGCCUCUGAGGAUCCUGCCCCUCCUCUGCCCGAGUCAGACGAGCUUCUCAACAAAUUUGUGUGUAAGAACAACGGUGUGUUGUUUGAGAACCAGCUGCUUCAGAUCGGCAUCAAGUCUGAGUACCGUCAGAACCUGGGGAGGAUGUAUCUGUUCUAUGGCAAUAAAACCUCGGUGCAGUUUGUCAGCUUUAACACCACAGUCAGCUGCCCAGGGGAGCUGCAGUCUCAGCUCAACGUGCAGACCAAAACAGUGGAACCCCUAGUGGAGGGAGGAGCACAGGUGCAGCAGGUUAUCAACAUCGAGUGUCUGACUGACUUUAUUGAUGCUCCGCUGCUCAACAUCAAGUUCAGGUAUGGGGGAGCCCUGCAGAACAUCUCUCUCAAGCUGCCUGUCACCAUCAACAAGUUCUUCCAACCCACAGAGAUGGCCGCCGCAGACUUCUUCCAGCGCUGGAAACAACUCAGCCAGCCCCAGCAAGAAGCACAAAAGAUCUUCAAGGCCAGCCAUGGCAUGGACACAGAAGUGCUCAAGGCCAAGUUGCUGGGCCUGGGGACAGCCCUGUUGGAGAAUGUGGAUCCUAACCCAGAGAACUAUGUGUGUGCCGGAGUCAUCCAGACCAAGGCCCAACAGGUCGGCUGCCUGCUGAGACUGGAACCCAAUGCGCAGGCCCAGCCUGGCGAGCAGAUGUACCGGCUGACUCUGCGCAGCAGCAAGGACACCGUUUCCCAGCGCGUCUGUGACCUCCUGGCAGAACAGUUCUGAAACCCUGAGUCUACAACCCACCCAACGCGCUCCAGGCCAUCAUCAUCACCGCGCUCUAGACACCCAACACACCGAGACCAGUGUUUCAACCCCCCCGAACAAAGAAUCAACGAGAAGAAAGAAAAAUACCUACAUAAGGGAAAAAAAGCAGCCGUUGCCACUUACACGACUGCCCUAUCAUUGACAUUUAUUACUAUUGUCACGAUUAUAAUUCCGAUUCUUAUUUUUAUUACUGUUUAUUAUCAUUGGCGCUACAAUUCUUGUUUUUUUUCUGGUGUUUACCUGCUUACCUAUAAGUGUGUGUGUGUGUGUGUGUGUGUUCCAGAAUCGUGCUGGUAUGUGUGUCCUGUUCUUCUCCGUCCUGUCUGUUUAAGCCCCGAGUACUCCUGUACUUCUGAUGACAGCUGGUGUAUGUGUCCGUGCCUGUGUGAUGUAUGGGGGAGGGUGGAAGAUUCUGUGCGUUGAUUCCGCGACAUUUCAACCUUAGACUAUUCCUGGGAGUUGCAUGGGAGGACCAGUUCUACACACACACACGUAAUACACACCCAGAUACUCUCACAUGUAGGCAGAUACAUGCAUAUAUUUGUACAUGCUUAAGUGUCUGUGUAAAGUAUCUGUAUAGGGUCCUCCUUUAGUGGGAGGGAGGGGUAAAACGAAAUCACUAAAGAAAUGGGACUCUUCUGUGUAAGGGUCCAAAACGACACUCUAAACCCCCACCUUCACCCCAACCCCAUCUCUUCUCCACCCUUUGCUGUCCCAGUCCCCCACCGGUUAUACAUUCCAAGGGCCUCUAUCAGUAUAAUCCCUGAGAUAUAAUAUUCCAUAAAAYAAWURCYGCACAUUCCCAAGUCUACAGUUCCAGCUUUAUUCCAGUAGAAAUGGCCAGUGCACUUUAGGUGGUUCUAAGAGACCUCAGUCCUUCAAUACCCCUCAAACACAUACACACACCACCCCUCUCCCACUUCCCCUGUCUUUCUGGCGUGUAACCAUACUUUAUACAUAAACUCAAAUGAUUCUGUACCUGUUCAUGGUAUAUAUAUAUAUAUAUAUAUAUAUAUAUAUAUAUAUAUAUAUAUAUAUAUAUAUAUAUAUAUAUAUAUAUAUAUAUAUAUAUAUAUAUAUAUAUAAAAAAGAAUGUAAUUACUUUAUCUUUUUUGUUGUUGUCAUCUUUACUUUUAUUAGUAGUGGAGUUAUUGAAGUGUUUGUUUCUUUAAUGGUGUAAUGUUGUUGCUUUGUGUGUGUGUGUGUGAGAGAGCGAGAGUAGGGAUAGCUGUGUGUACCCUGCGAAUUGGGUAGAGGGGUCAGCUAGAAGGAGAGCGAGAUUGAGGGAGAGAGUAGCAGGGUAGCUGGUUUUGUUUACAGUGUUAAUUAAUCAGACAGCGGUGAGGUUAACACUUGACUUAAACCUGUCAUAAAGCCUACUUACCACCAUCAUAAUUAAGUGUUUAUUUCAGAUUAGCAAUGUUUUUUGACACUUGAGGCAGGGAACAUUGGUUGAGAACUGACAUGGGCUGUUUUACGACAGUUUAUGAAAUGUUUGUCGUGCAUAAGCAAGCAUUGAGCAAGUCCCAUUGAUGGGGAGUUCAGGUGGUAGUUGGAAGGAGUUAGAGGGCAGUGGGCCAGUCCGUGUUCACAUGAAGAGUGAAGUGGCAGAGCAGAGGCCUAGUAUUCGUUAUUUAAAAUUUUUUCGUGCUGAAAAGAGAGAUGGGAUUGGAGAGUAGAGUGCUGCUUGACACCGUGAUUGACUGAAAAAAGAGGAGUACCUCAGAACUUGAUCUCUAAACAAGCACAGGCUUGUGCACACACACAUCACAAAUACUUACCUUAUGGUAUUAAUUGGGAGAAGAUAGCAAUCUGCAAAUAGAUUGAUUAUAAUCUUUGAAAACACAACCAACCACAAAGACACUGGACAGCACUUAUCUGUAAACUCACAUUUCAGACACACGCACCCACAUGUCCAUUCUUAGAGAUGAGAGGGAGGAGGAGAGAACUCAAAGACCAAUUGUCAAUCACAACUACCAGGAUCUAGUCAUCAGGGGUGGGCAUCGCGUGUGUGUGUCGGUGUACCACGUGAUAAAAAUAUCCUAAAUUAUCUUUGAGACAUGGUCAUAUUAGUUUCAACAGGAGUCACUUAUAUGUCUAACCCAUGCAGCAUUAGUGGGACAGUCUGAUCAUUGUAGUGGAAACUGUAGAAUAAUUUUGUGUGUGUGUGCAGUAUCCGCUAGCUAAUGCAGCCCUGUGUAUUGGUGUUAAACCUGUGAGAUACCUGUGUUAGAUUUAAGAUUUACUCUGUACUGAAUAAUGUGAAAGUAAAACUAUGCCAUAUACUCUA